AUCACUUGAUGACUUGUACGAGCCUGCGCGACUUCUGUAAAUGUUGAUAUUCUUUUUGACUAGCCGUGUUGAUUGGAGUUGGAACACCCCCUUUUGCAUGUAUGUGCCAGUUUCCCACCAGGAUUUGUAUACCUCGGCCGGCCGCCACACACUUGGGUUUUCGCCGCCGACCACAAAUGUCCGUUUAUACCACUUUAUUUUACAUUUUUCAUUUGUUUGGACUGUAUCUAUUAUGCUUAUUACUAUUGACUCGUUGCAUACUCAUCCCUCCAUGUCCCAUGUCCUAUGUCCUAUGUCUUUUUUUUGUCUCCGGGUGGGGUGGGGUGUCUGUUUACAGUCUACUGACUGGCUCCCUGUCCUAUCGACUCGACUUGACUCGACUCGACUCAUGAAUCUUGCAUUAUUCCCUCCUUUUCAAUCUUUACUUACUUUCUGAAUCGCUCUUCCUGUUGAGUGAUGGCAUACCAUACCAAAU